UUUCAAUCCAAUGAAAAAAGGAAAACGGAUGACGGAUACGGUCAUGGAAUGAGAGAUUUACACUCCCAUGGCAUGAUGGUUUUCGCAAGCGGAGCCUACCGUUGCGUUCCUCUUAUUUUGCUUGGAUGUUUGGUUGCUUCAUUCAAGAUGGGUUGUCGAGCAUUCACCAAUAUUCCAUCGCCAUCUAUCGGCUUUCAUUCUCGGAAAUCUUCGUCACUGCUAAAGUUGAUAACCGAGAGUUCACGAUCGUCCUCCUCGAUGCCUUACGGACCCCCCUCAAACUCCACGGCUGAAGUCUCUGAUCCUCUACCCAACACCAGCAGCAGUUCUACAACCCCAGAAAAACCAAAAGAAACGGAGCUUCACAAGCGCACUUUGUACAAAAUUCUUGGAGCAAGUCCAGAAGACUCUCGCGACGAAUUAAAGAAGCGUUACGUGGCUCUUGCGAAACUUUCGCAUCCCGAUGCCGUUCUUAAUAAUAGCAGUAACGUUGACAGUUCGCACCUUGAUUUCACGGAAAUUGCGGCCGCUUGGCGAAUUCUUUCAAAUCCCAAACAGCGAAAAAGAUACGACAGGUCUCUGCAGGCGGAGCAGUUUAGUCAAGAUGUCCAGGUAUGGGCAGGGAAUCUCAGCAAACAAGCGGCACCGGCAGCAAAGAUGUUCGGAAACAUAGCCCUUCCGUUUCUCCGUAAAACAACCGCUGCAACCCUUGCUAGCGUACAAGCAGCGGCAAACGACUUGAUUCGAAAAGAAGAGAAGACAGAGUCCAAGGACCUUACGGAAGCCUUUAAGUCAGCCAUGGAAGCUGCACGUCGUGCCGGCCGCUAUGUGGAUAGCAUGGAGUUGUUGGAAAAGAGCGACUUAUUGGAGUCUCGUGCGCUAGAAGAAUCUCAACAAGCCGUAGAACUUGAGCAGAAACUUUUGGACAUUACCGAACGUCGUCUGACAAUGGCUCUUCACACUCCAGGCUCAGGGCUCACUUCCGUGGAAGCCAUGAUUAUAUGGGACGACUUCAACCAUACUGUAGGUGGUCGACUAUCAGCAUGGGACAGAGCGUUGUUGAAGCACACUAUCGAAUACGAAAUCCACGAGCUUCAGCAAGCGGAAAUGACAUUCGUUGAAACCCAAGAAGCAGAUUCGGAGGCACAAAAGCAGUAUCAACUGAGCGUCCAGGCACGAUUGAAAGCCCAUCAGGAGUUAGUUGAUGCAGAACAAGCUGAGCAAGAAGCCCGGCGCAUUCUUGCUGCCUCAGAGCAACGCGUUCUCAAAUCAAAGCUUGAUCUAGAAGACGUUGUACGUGGGCUUGCUCACGCGGAGGCGAAUGCCAAAAAGAUUGAUUAUGAAAUGGAACGUCGAUCGCUUGACCUUGUGAAACAAUCCGAAAAGGUUCGCAAUGCUCUUCGGGCCAAAGAAAAGGAAGUAUGUAGUAUCAAGGGGUUACCGGUCGAUGAUUUCGCAGUAGAUCAGGUUAGCGCAGAGCGGUUGCAAGAGCUGAAAGAAUUGCGACGAGAAGAACGAUUGCUCGCACAAAACUCGGCAAGAUUCGAAAGCAAAGCAGCCAGACUUUUAUCCCGAGCCAGCAAACUUAAGAUUCGAGCAGAAGAGUUAGAUAAGUUGCGAGAAUAGCUUUAGAAGCUAUGCUCAAUUUUACCGUUAGCAAUCCAUACUUGAUGUUGA